AAUAGAGUUAUUCUAUAAGUUUCCGUCGUCGCAUUAAGUCAAAAGUCAGCAAUUGAGUAAAAAAUAUUGCACGUAUUUUAAAUCAACAUUAUCAGAGUUUUUAGCCCAAGACACAAAACUUGAAAUGAACUCAUAUAAAGUACUCGGCUUGAUUUGUUUGCUAAUGGCAAUGGCUGCAGCAUCUCCACUGCCAUUUGCAGAUAAUGCUGCUUUUGCUGAUUUCUUACGGAACGCCCAAUUGACAGCUCCCUCUAAAGAGAGUGUUGUGGUUAAAAGACGUAUUUUCGAGGAUAAUGCCGACGGACAAUUAAAACAAAUUUCACUAAGAUCUUUAAUAGGCGACUUGGAGAACAGUAUUUUAGCUUCGGCUUUAAGUGUUAACAAGGUCUUUACGGAUAAAGAUGUUAUUGUGCCGGAAAUUAAGGUCAGCGAUGACUCAGAACAUGAUAUUAACCAAGGUCAAUCAUUGGCAAAUGAAGAGACGAAGAGUGACUUAAAAACAACUACAUCAACAACAACGACAACAGCUGAGUCAAGUGUAACAUUGCCAGUGACCGAUAAAGUGAUCAUCCAAACUACAGAGAAAGUAACGCAACCCAGUGUUGUACCAACUCAUAUCGUUAUUGAUCGUAUUGCCAUUCAACCUCAUACAGGUGGCAUAGCUUUAAUACCCAUUUUUGAACUAAAACGUUCUACAAACGAUGAAAAUGGCAACAAAGGUCAUGAAAUUACCAAAAUUACAAUAUCAAAAACUGAAAUUACCAGUUUAGCCACAGCUGCUCCCGAAUCCUCAACUAGCUCUUCAACUACCAAUUCUACUACGUCUACUGUUAGCACAAGCAAACCGGCAGAAACUGUUUUGGAAACAGCUACCACACCUAAAAAUAUUGAACAACUAAAGGAAGCUGAAGAAGAUUUGAAGGAAAAAGUGGCUGAAAUUGAAGCAGAGCCCAUUAUACUCUCAGCCCGCGUUUAAUUUAAAGACUUGAUUUACACAAUAUAUAUUUUACCAACAACAAACUAUAUCCAAACCAAACAUCAGAAUUUAAUUUAACAUACAUGCAUAAAUAUAAUAAAUAAAAUAUAGUUUUUUAUAAAAAGUUGAAAGUUUUGUAAGAUCAACAAAUAUCGGGCAUAUAUGUAUAUGUACAUAUUUUCAUAUACCUGAUCGGUGUGAAAUUGUAUAUAGAUACAAUAUAUCGUUACCCUAAUAUAGAAAGGCCCCAACUCGUUUUUUUAAGUUGAAAUUUUUUGGCUAAAUAUGAUAUAUGAGCGGACCAUUUAUCGAAAUAAACGAAAAUCUGGGCUUACAGGAAAAACACGGGUUAGGGCCUUUCUAUAUUAAGGUAACGAUAUAUUGUAUCUGUAUACAAUUUCACACCGAUCAGGUUUAAGAAAAUAUGUACAUAUACAUAUAUGCCCGAUAUUUGUUUUAUCUUACAAAACUUUUACAUUACCCAACCAAGUUAUAUUGCUUUUUCAUAAUUCUCGAUAAAAUAUAUGUAUUUUAAUUUAAAAAAUUAGUUACGUGUAUGUCAAAUAUUUAUGUAUCACACAAUAAAAUCGGACGUCAUUUUGCCCUUUUUAAAGAACUGUUAUCGUAGGUACUAACAAAUUUGGACAUAUUUUAUUAAAAAACAAAAUUUCCAAGUCCAGUAAUUGUAUUACUAAUUAAUUAGCAAAUGCUUAAAAACAUUUUACAAAAGGAAAAAAUAUUUUGCGAGCAAUUAACAACAUCAUGUGAUAGAAAUCUCAGAUUAAACUUUUUAUACAUACAUUCAUACAUAUGUACAUACAUAUUUAUCUGACUGUAUAUACAAACAUAUGUAUGUAUAAAUGUAGGUGUAAUGUACAAUAUGUACGUACAUACAGUGACGGACAUUACAAUAGAAUCACUAUCAAUAUUGCAUUUAAAACUAGGAGCAAUCAUAAGGAUUGGUGUGGGCCAGAAAAUAUAAAGAAGUGGCAAAAUGUGUUGUGGACGGACGAAACGACCAUUAAUUUAAUUGGUAGUGAUGAUAAGACAUGGGUUAGACGUCCAAAAAAUGGCAAAAACCAAAAACGUUUAAACAUGGUUGGGGAAAUAUUAUUAUAUGGGGAUGCUUUUCUUGGUAUUGCGUUGGUCCAAUUUAUUGGAUUAAAGAAAAUAUGGAAAAGCACUUGUAUGUAAAUAUUUUGGAGAAUGUUGUAAAGCCACAUGCAGAAUGGAAUAUGCCCUUAAAAUGGCUCUUCCAGCAAGAUAAUGACCCAAAGCACACAUCAGGUCUUGCCAAAAAAUGGUUUUUAUAUAAUAAAAUUCAUGUUAUGGAAUGGCCGUCUCAAUAACCAGACUUAAAUCCUAUGGAAAAUAGUAAAAGACAAACUCGGACCUGAAAAAUUGAAAAACAAGGAAGAACUUUGGCAGAAAGUUCAGGAAAUAUGGUAUGCAAUUUCCCGAUCUACAUGCGAACGUUUGUUAAAUUCAAUCCCCAAAAGAUUUGAUGCUGUUAUUAGAAAUAAUUGAUAUGCAACAAAAUAUUAAGAAAACAACGAAUUCUCAUGAUGAUUUUUUAUUUUUAAUCAUUUUAAGAUUGAUUGAUUCUAUUUGAAUGUCGCAUAUUUUAUUUAGUCUUUUAGAUUUGACAUCGUUUUUAACAUAAGAAUGUGUUAUAUUUUUAUUUUAUUUUUUUCUAUUUAUUGUUUACGUUAUGAGCAUUAAUAUAUAAUGAACAAAUUUUAAA